CGGCACUGGUCUGCCUACACGCCGUUUCGCGUCCCGCUGACGCUGCCGGAAGAUACAGCUGCGAAUAGAAAAAUCCACAGGAGUCGUGGCUCAUCGUCGUCCGCGGACAGCAGUAAGUUCGAGAUCACGGUCGCGGUCGAUAGCGCGCCGUCGUUUGCCCACAAAAACGACGUCGGCGAAGGGAGCUUGUGGCACGACGGGGGCGGCAUCUACCGGCAUGUACUGCUUCACAGAAGUG